AUGGCAGAAAACAACCAGAACCAGCUUCUUGGUAUGAAACCAAAGACGGCCGCGUUGGUGAGCGUCGGCGUUGUUGCAAGCGCAUUGCUCGGCUACCUUGUCUACUUUGAUCACAAGCGACGAUCCGAUCCUCACUUGAAGAAGCAACGAAAGCGCGAGAAGAAGGAAAAGAAGAAAAAGGAACAAGCUGCUGAAGAGGAAGCCAAGGCAUCCAAGGCGCGCUUGAUUGAAACCGUGUUGGACGCUGUUGCCAAGGAGACUCUCCCCACGACUGCAGAGGCUAAGGAGCAAUACUUUAUGUCCCAGGUGGCUGCUGGUGAGCAACUCUGCAAUGCUGGUCCUGAAUUCUACGAGCAAGCAGUGUUGCCAUUCUACAAGGCUCUCAAGGUGUAUCCCGCUCCUUUGGAAUUGAUCAUGAUCUACCAAAAGACUGUUCCAGAACCCGUCUUCCAAACCGUUGUUCAAAUUAUGGCCCUUGAACAAACCAAGCGUCAAGCCAAGUUCUAUGAAGAUUUCCCUCCCAAGGAUACUCAUGUGCGUUUGGCUGAGUUACCUGCUGGUGAGACUCCUGAAGGCAAACCCAUUGUGCGUCGUGGUCUUGUUGCCAAUGAGGAUUUGGAAGAAGGUCAAGUCAUUUACACUGAGUCUCCUCUUGUCUCUGGUCUUUAUCCAUCCUUCGAGGGAUCCUACUGCAAUUACUGUCUCAAGAAGGUCACUGAUGAAAACAAGGUUGCUUGCGAGAACUGUGACAAGAUUGUGUACUGCAGCAAGGAAUGCGAGAAUACAGCUACUGAAUCAUAUCACCGACAUUUGUGCUCCAAGGAUGAAAAGGCAUUGACGUUUGUGAAUUACGCCAAUGAAAAGCAAACAAAGUAUCCCACUAUGGUUGCCAAAUUCUUGACCACGAUGGUAGCCGAAGAAGUCGAGCGCACACGUACAGGAAAGACUGUCGAAUACAACGCUUGGGAUCACAUGGAUCGUUUCCGCUACCUUGAUACCCAGGGCAAUGAUGACACCAAAAAGGAAAUCGAGAUGCUCAAGGAUUUGCUUGGUUCCAAGGUCACUGGCAUCAAUGAAUUCUUGACGGAUGAGAUCUACUUGAUGCUCAAGGGCAAGUUACUGUACAACGCAUAUGCUGUCAACAUUGCCGAUGAUACUGUUGAGGUUCCUGAAACGAGUGAGCACAUGCGUAAGACUGAAACUGAAAAGAAGCCUGUUGGUGCCGCAUUGUACAAGAUUUCCACCUACAUUGGUCAGUCCAAGGAGGAGCCUAAUGUCAAGGUGGUGUUUGGUGACAACCAUGACAUCAGCAUUGUUGCUACUAAGGCCAUUUCCAAGGAGACUGAAAUUACUGCAGACUACACCUUGCCCGUUCCUGUUUAA